GCGAACAUAAUGUAAAAGAUUCACAAUACAAUUUCGGCGAUCACCGGCAUCGCACGUACCAUGUGUGGGCGAAAAUAAAUAUUACGUAUCUUUGUAAAGAUUCCUGUGUGCGAUAUCAAAGAUUAAUUGUGUACAGACGAUUUUAUUUUAUUAACUAGUGAAGUGUUUUGAGUUUUUUAUUGAAAGUGUAUUAUUAUAUAAAAAUGAAGUUAAUAAUAUCUACGAUCGUGCUUUUAGCAGCCAUCUAUCUAGGUUACAAGUUUAUGUUUGGAAAACCAUCGAAGCUACCUGAAUUAGAUCUUCAAAGAUGGUGGGGUGCCGGCGUUAAGACUGAGGGGCAAGAUGAAUCGAUCAGGCCAUUCAAGAUCGAUUUUAAUGAUAGCAUGAUCGCAGACUUAAGACAAAGAUUAAAAAACAGGCGCCGGUUUACAAAACCACUAGAAGGUACACAAGCACAGUACGGAAUGAACACAGAUUACUUAGAUGCCAUUCUGAACUAUUGGGCUAAUGAUUAUAACUUCAAAGAGAGGGCAGAACUGUUGAAUGCAUUCCCUCAUUUCAAGACAAAAAUCCAGGGCUUAGACUUACAUUUUAUUCAUGUCAAACCUAAAGUAGAUGGUAAUAAGAAAGUUCUACCGCUACUUAUGUUACACGGCUGGCCAAGUUCGUCCAAGGAGUUUGCGAAAGUUAUACCUAUUUUGACUGCGCCAAAGCAUGGAUAUGAUAUCGUUUUUGAAGUCAUCGCUGCAGAUUUGCCCGGGUUUGGGUACUCUGAGGGAACGAAUAAACGAGGACUGAACCCAGUGCAGAUGGGAAUUAUGAUGCGCAACUUAAUGUUCAGGCUUGGUUUCAACAAGUUUUACAUUCAGGGAGGAGAUUGGGGCUCACAAGUCGCUUCACACAUGGCUACUCUAUUCCCAGAAAAUGUAUUAGGAUAUCACUGUAACAUGCCAGUAUCGUCAAGGCCAAUCAGCCACGUCAAGUUACUGAUUGGAUCAUUGUUCCCAAGUUUUAUUGACCCAGUUGGCCAUACAAGAGUGUACCCGCUGAAGAAGUAUUUUAGUUACGUAAUGAGAGAAAGUGGAUAUUUCCAUAUUCAGGCAACUAAACCGGAUACUGUAGGUGUUGGCCUCACGGACUCACCAUCUGGUUUAGCGGCUUAUUUGAUGGAAAAGAUGGCCAUGUGCAGUAACAGUGAGCAGUUGGACAAACCACACGGUGGUCUGGCUAACCUUGACCUCAACGAUGUACUGGACACAGUGACCAUCAUGUGGGCAAACGAGUGCGUCGUCACAGCCACGAGAUUGUACGCCGAAAGCUUCUUUUACCCAGAAAUUAAUAUUCUACAAGACAUACCAACGGAAGUUCCAAUGGCUGCCCUCAAAUUCCUAUACGAAGUUGUCUACCAACCCGAUUGGAUAAUUAGGGACAAGUUCCCCAACUUAGUCAGAUCUACAUUGAUCGAUUACGGAGGCCAUUUCGCCGCUUUACACACGCCUAAGGAAUUUGCGGACGAUAUAUUCGCAGCCGCCGAGGCAUUCCUCGAAUUCCAUAAAAAACAAAAAUAAGGCGCCACCUAGUAACAAAUUCCGACAUUCUUUCCUAAUGACGAAAGAUUAAUUAAUUUAUUUACAUUUUGAAUAAUUAUGAAAUAUUAAUUUAUUUAUUGUCUGGCUUAUAAAUACACAACAUAGUCAGUGAUUUUAAUGCUAUAAUAAAAUUAAUUAAAUUAUUGAACAAAAUAUUAUAAAUAAUAAAGAACAAAUGAUAAGUAUUUGUAAUUAAGAAAAAAGGACCAACUUAUUGUAGAUUUUUUUUUAGUUACCCGACUGCCAAGGAAGGGUUAUGUUUUUCGCGCGUAUCUUGUAUGUAUGAGCCUAAUAUUCUUUAUUACCUCAUUUCUUCGAAACGGCUUGAUGGAUUUCGACAAUCAGGGUAUCGUUGGAUUCGUCUUAAUUACCCAAGUGUUCUUAGAUAUGUGACGUAAAACAAAAACCAACAUGGCGGCCGUGAGGCGCCCUAGAGAGUAGUAAAAAAAAAUAAAAAAAAUUAUUUGCUACAAUAUGGGUAUCAAAUUAAAGAGCUCAUCAUGAGGAUUCCAAAAUGGUAUAUCACUGACAUAUAGAAAAAAAAUACUAUGUGCAAUUAGGUUCUAAAUACUCGUAUAGGUACUACGCGACGCGAUUGACUAGCGGUUUCUGAACUGUCGUUUCGUGUCGCGGGUGAAAUCUUGAGAAACACAUAGCCGUAUUAUAACUAACUAAAAAGUGUUAAAUAAAAAUAAAUAAAUUAAAAAAAUUAAAAAACCCGACUGCAUAAAAAACACUUUAAAUAAAAACUGAAAAGUAAAAAACAAGCUUAGUCUAAAAGUGUAGAUAGCAAUGCUAUUACCACAAAAUUAAAUAAUUUCAUAAUCAAUACACAAAAAAUAAUAAUCUUAUGCGAAACAUAAUUGAGUGCAACAGUCGGGACCCAUAUUGAAUGAUUUUAGUCUAGUUUAUUUAAUGGGUCCCGACUGUUACACUCAAUUAUGUUUCGCAUAAGAUUAUUAUUUUUUGUGUAUUGAUUAUGAAAUUAUUUAAUUUUGUGGUAAUAGCAUUGCUAUCUACACUUUUAGACUAAGCUUGUUUUUUACUUUUCAGUUUUUAUUUAAAGUGUUUUUUAUGCAGUCGGGUUUUUUAAUUUUUUUAAUUUAUUUAUUUUUAUUUUUAAUUUAUUAGUGAUCCGUUACGUCUUGUUAUUGAUUAGUUGAUUACUAAUCGACUCGGCAAAGUUUGUAAUAAUAAUUAUUUAGUAUUGAAAUGAUUAAUUUCUAAUUUUAAAGUAUUAAGAAUCAGUGAUUGCAUCUAAUAGUAAUUCAAAGUAGAUUUUAGAGUUGUUAUUUAUUGAUAUUUAAAUAAAAUUCGUUUUUAAUCACAAUUCACCGGAAUAUUUUUUUAUAAAUGGAAUUCUGCAUGAAAAUUAUUUAACAUUUUUAUUUAUUUACAGAUUUUUAAUAUUUUUUUAUACUAUUUUAUUGAUAAAUAAUGUACAUACUAGAUGUAAGAAAAAAAGCAUGAAUUGUUGUGUAUAUUAAUAAAUCAUUGUAUAAAUUAAUCUGUAAAUAUUUAAGUUAGCUUCUUGUUGUAAUUUAAUUAUAAAUAAAUAAAUAUCAAACAUAAAUAUAUUCCAGUUUUUAGAACAAAUAGUUGUAGGAGCAUUACAAAAAUAUUGUACACGUGAAUUUUGUGAACAAAAGUAGAAAAGGUUAUUUUAAUUUCAUUAAUGAUUUUCUGUUACUAUCCCUAAGAAAAGUAUUGGUAUUUGGCAAAGAAUAAGAUGAAACAGUGAAGUUAUAUAUCCAAGAAUCGUAUUACAUGGAACUCUUAAUAAAACUGUACCCUUAGUACGAGUUUGCUUUACGUUGAACGAAAACGAAACGAGAGUGCGUUCGGCGCUCUGAUUGGCCGGCGUGAAUGAACCUACCAAUCAUAACGUAAAGCAUACUUAUACUAAGGGUACUGGUAAAAAUAUUAUUUUAAAUUAUAAGGGCAUCUCUAUUAUUUUUCACCUUUUAAGGCCCAAAGAUCUCCUUCUUGGAAUAAAGGCAAGAUAUCUUUAUUUUACUGACUGGUGAUUUAUAUUUUAAGCCAAUUACAAACAGUUACUUAAGAAUACUCUUACUAAAUCAAUAGUUGUAACUAAAGAGUUAUUAAGAAUCAUUAAUGUUUUUAAAAUAACCUUGUAUAUGUAAUUAGAAAGACUGUUAUUUGUCAAGUGUUUAAGGAUAGUGUUAAGUAUUUUAAGAACAUUGUCAGUAAAACGAGUUUUAACUACUGCCACGGCUAUGCCAAAGUCGACUUUCUAUUCUUGGUAUUUUAGUUGAUUUUUCAAAAGCAAGACCUUGAAGACAUACGGUAGGAUAGAAAUGAGUGGACUUUGUUGUAUGUCGUAAAAGAUUCGUUUAGUAUUUUGGUGUCUGUUAAAAAUUAACUAUCUUGUUUUCUUGGCUUUAUGAACAAAGUUUUAUAUAUUAGUUUUAGUAAAAUAUCAAUACUUAAGUAAAUAAGAACAACAUUACUAGUGAGAAGUGAGUGCGCUACUUUACACUUUAUUUUAGUUGUUAACUGACUGACUGCCGUACUUGAGAUAGUAUUUGAAUGGGUACUUAACCCAGACCUUAGCAAUUGAUUUCGGAACAAAAUCGUUACUAAGGAAUAGUUUAAGUAAACAUACAAUGUCUCUGAGUGCGACAGUAACUAGUUAUAAAAAUAAUAAUUGUUACAAAAUAUCUGCACUAAAUAAGGCUUUCCCCUGAUUUGUAAAAAAAUGUAAAAAUGUUACAACUCACUUUAUCUUUAUAGCUUUUUCAAAUCAAAAUUAAAUUAUCAUUGUUUAAAAAUAAAAUAUUCUUUUACACUGCAGGUAUAGUUUCAAAGAAUAUUUCAAAAAGUUUUAUGCAACAACUUGAAACGGCUGGUUAUUUCCUAAAAUACAUAGUUUUAGUUAAAAUGUACAGCAAUUAAAAUAUUUUUGUACUUAUUGUAAUAGUUGAAAAAUGCAUGUUUUAUUGAAAAAGAAAAAGCUUGAAAUUUUAACUUACAA